UAUUAAUAAUAUCAUGUAUUUGUCAUAGCUAGCUAUAGCUAGCCAGGACAUAUAAAAUUUCCAUCUCCAAUUUCUCCAUUCUUGUAAGUGCUAGCUCAACUGCCUAUAGCUAGCUUGUAUGCAAAGAAUGGAUCUCCCCAAACAUCAAAGAUCACUUCAUGGUUAAAGAGAAAUAUGAUGAAUUCAAGAUCUGGCCAUCACUUGCCCAUCAAUACCAUAUUAUUGGGAAGCAAAACAUAAAGAGAUUAGGGAUGAAGAGUGAAAGCACCAGUAUGGAAGAAGUUUCUAAAUCAAGCCCUUCUACCAGCAAGAAGGAAUACGAUCAUGAAGACGAUGAGGGUGAAGAGGAUGAGGUGGAUGAAGAUGGCCUUCAGCUGAGCAAUAACGGUGUCAGCUCCAGCAAUAGCACCAUUGACGAAAACCAUGAAAAGAAGGGAGCUUCUGGAUCUGUAAGGCAGUAUGUUCGUUCCAAGACAUCGCGGCUUCGAUGGACACCUGAUCUCCAUCUUCGCUUUGUUCAUGCAGUUGAAAGAUUAGGUGGACAAGAAAGAGCAACUCCUAAGUUGGUUCUUCAAUUGAUGAAUGUUAAGGGUCUUAGUAUAGCUCAUGUCAAGAGCCAUCUUCAAAUGCAUAGGAGCAAGAAGAUGGAAGACCCCAAUCAAGUUUUGACAGAUCAUGCAGGAUUUUUUAUGGAAGGUGGAGAUAACCAACUUUACAACCUUACUCAACUCUCCAUGCUACAAAGCUUAAAAAAAUGGCCUUCUUCCGGAUUAAGAUAUGGUGCUACAGAUCAUUCCUCGUGGCAAGGCCGCCACCACCACCACCAGAUAUACGGCCCAUACCGUUCAAGUAGGACUACUGCACUACUUGAUCAUAAUACCAGAAAUAUUGAACUUUAUGGUUCAGUUGCUGAAAGAAUACUUGGAAGCAACAAUAACAAUAUUAGGACUACUUCAGCAAAUCAGUUACAUACAAAUCUUCCAUCUCCCAACCCUGGACAAAUCACUUGGAGAAGGCAUCAAAUUACUCGGGAUGAGUCAUGUCAAACUGUGAUCCACAGGCCAUGCCAAGAUCAUCAUAGUUGGAGUGCAGCGAUUCGAGAUCAUCAAGGGCAAAACAUGCUGAAAAGAAUGGCUUUCGACACAGACAACAGUGACUUGGAUUUAAAUCUGUCACUAAAAGUUCCACCAAAACAUGGUCAUGGAUUCGGAAAAGGUUUACAGUGUGGUGGUGAUAAUCAUCAAAAACUACACAUGGGUUGUAGUUUAUCUCUCUCUUUGUCCUCGUCGUCAUCUUCGAAACUUGGCGUGAAGAAAUUAGAAGGUACUACUGGUUACGGUGACAGCAAGCACGGGAAGAACAUGGCAAGUACUCUGGACCUCACUCUAUGAAUGAGACAAUAUUAUUCUAAGUGAGAUCUUGAGGUACUUUCCAAAAUUAAAUUCAAACAAAUUAAUGAAUUUUGAACUUGACCACUGUCAUAUUCUACCGUCACAAAAAAAGGUAAUGAUGUCAACUCUUUCGUUGUUCGAUCAUUUGAUUUUGUUGUAUAUGUAAUGUCUUGUAUCGAUCCAUGAUAUAUAGAUAGCAAUAUUAUUAGCAAAUGAUUCAAAAACUGGGGAAUAACGAGGUAUAAACAGACGAAUGUGUUUUUUGGCAUUACCAAAUAUGCACAGUUUGGUGGUCAUAUAUGUACAUUGUUUUGAGAGUUUUUAGGUUCCUAUUUCUUGGUCUCUUUGUUUUAUUAGUUUUUAGGUCAAUAAAAAACCAAAAUCUUGGUGCUUGAUUAAGAACAAUAUUUCUUGGAAAUCCAAAAUUUAUUAACUUUUAUAUGUUAUCUCUGAAACCAUAU